UGGCAGCGACAUAGACAGUUGGUGUAAACGAUUGUUCCGUUGUUUAUCUAUCAAGGGAUGGACCUGAAAGGUAAAGUGGCCUUGGUCACAGGGGCGGCGGCCGGCAUAGGGAAAGCUUAUUGCGAAGAGCUUCUUCGUCAUGGCGCCAAGGUGUCCUUGUGUGACCUGAACAGUGAAGUCGGAGAGAAAUUGGCUGAGCAGUUCUGUACGAAAUACGGACAGGGGAAGGCACUGUUUUGCCAGUGUGAUGUCACCGAUUACCCUCAGUUUGAAGAAUCAUUUCAAAAGACUGUGUCAGCGUUUGGUGGAUUAGAUAUUGUCAUCAACAACGCAGGUAUCUUCAACGACAGGUUUUGGGAACUUGAGGUCGAUGUUAACCUUAAUGGAGUGAUACGAGGUACGCUACUGGCGCUGCGGUUCUUGGGGAGAGAGAAAGGAGGGAGGGGGGGUGCCGUGGUCACCACUGCCUCCACUCUGGGUCUACAACCCUGUGCUGCUGUCCCCAUCUACACCGCAACUAAACAUGCUCUCAUCGGCUUCACACGCUCUUUCGGGGAUCCUUUCCACAUGAACUUGUCAGGAGUGCGAGUGAUGGCUGUCUGUCCUGGAGCGACCAAGACAGACACUCACUCUGACGACAUCAAGAAAGGUCUUCUCUCGCCCGAGUACGAGGCAGCCUACCACAGGGAUUAUGAUAACAGACCUCACCAGAUGGUCGAGGCAGUGGCUAAGGGGCUGAUCCACAUUCUUCAGAAAGGCUCGAGUGGAUCAGUGUGGAUUGUGGAGAACCAGCAACCCGCCAGAGAGGUCAAGUUUCCUGCCAACUACUAACUUUUACUGUACAGAUUUUUUACCGCAGCUUCCUAAACCCCGGCUAGUUCAGCUUGUGUGGGAGUGUCCUUCAAGGUAUCCUGCCUCCCCCGUGCGCGUCCAUUAUACAGAGAGUGUCCGCCAAUGUUUUUUACACCUAUUAUAUUUUAUAGACAACUUUUACAGUGUACGUUUGUCUAAUGUGGCUGGUGAGUUUGUAUGAACGAGUGGUGGAUUUAGAAAUGGUCCAACUCAUUUAUUGAUUUUUAUCUAACUUCGGUGUUGUGAAUGUCGUUUUAGUAUCCGCACAAAUUUGUUUAUAUACAGCUGGGAAUGGUGGGAGUCUGAAUAUGGUGUAAGCAUCACUGAUACUAACCCGAGUUGUGUAAAGUUAAAUACAAGUUGUGCUUAAAACUAACCACAUCUGAUGUUUAUACAUUUUUUUUCAAUUAGAUUAAAACUGUUAGGUAAGCUGAAAAAGGUAAUGUUGAUAUUCUACAAUGUUUACCUUCCCUACAACUCUAAUAUAAAAAUUGUUAAAUGAAAACUUACUUAUAUAGGCCUAUAUAUAAGGAAACUGUGACUGUGUGUGUCACUGAACUCCUCCUAAACAGCUUGACCGAUUUAAAUGAAAUUGUGUGUCUUUAGGUGGAUUUGAAAAUUAGAUUUACAAAUUUAAGCAGUUACAAAUUAAAUUUAGAAGAUAACAGUUUUCAAAUGCCUGCACAUUAUAAACUGCAAUUACGAGACAGUUAAAUAUCCUAAAUAGCCAAACACUAUUUAAA